GACACAGGAGGAAUCUGCUCUGGUCCUGCCUCUGCCCUUGCAGCUCAUCUCUGUCCAUAAUGAACGCCUCUGCAGUGUGCCUCUCCAUCAUCCUCGUUGCUGCCCUCUUUUCUCAGGCCUCUCCUGCUCCACUUGGGGCUGACACAACCGUGUGCUGCUUCAGCUAUACCUUACGAAAGCUGCCCCAGAGUCAUGUGAAGGAUUAUUUCUACACCAGCAGCAAGUGCUCACAGCCAGCAGUUGUGUUCAUCACCCAGAAGGACCGGGAGGUCUGUGCUAACCCUGAUGCCAGGUGGGUGAAGGAAUACGUGAACACCCUGGAGCUGCAGUGA